UGCAUGUGUGUGGCGGCGGCCCCAGACUUCCUGCUCCCUCCAGGCUGCAGGUACGCGCGGGCCGGGUCGGGCUGCAGGGCUGCGGGCGGGCGUGCAGAGACGCGGAUCGGUCGUCACCCGGACCCCGGCCGCACCGCUCCUCCUUGCGCUCCGGUGACCGCCCGCCCGCCCCGGCCAUCCCGACCGUCCCGGUCGCCGGGCUGCGAGGUGGCACUGCGCCCCUCUCCGCCCAACGCGCCUCGGUACCCUGCACCAAGACUGGCGGCUCGCUCCUGGGCGCCCUUGCCGCCUCGAGCCCCGGAGGGCCAAAGCAAUGAACGAAAUGUCCAGCUUUCUUCACAUUGGGGACAUCGUGUCCCUGUACGCCGAGGGCUCCGUCAAUGGCUUCAUCAGCACUUUGGGGCUGGUGGAUGACCGCUGUGUGGUGGAGCCUGCAGCUGGGGACCUGGACAACCCCCCCAAGAAGUUCCGAGACUGCCUCUUCAAAGUGUGCCCCAUGAACCGGUACUCGGCGCAGAAACAGUACUGGAAAGCCAAGCAGACGAAGCAGGACAAGGAGAAGAUCGCUGACGUGGUGUUGCUACAGAAGCUGCAGCAUGCGGCCCAGAUGGAGCAGAAGCAAAACGACACGGAGAACAAGAAGGUGCACGGAGACGUGGUGAAGUAUGGCAGCGUCAUCCAGCUUCUGCACAUGAAAAGCAACAAGUACCUGACCGUGAACAAGCGCCUGCCAGCCCUGCUGGAGAAGAACGCCAUGCGGGUGACGCUGGACGCCACUGGCAACGAGGGCUCCUGGCUCUUCAUCCAGCCCUUCUGGAAGCUGCGGAGCAACGGGGACAAUGUGGUCGUGGGGGACAAGGUGAUCCUGAAUCCUGUCAAUGCAGGGCAGCCCCUGCAUGCCAGCAACUAUGAGCUCAGUGAUAACGCCGGCUGCAAGGAGGUCAACUCUGUCAACUGCAACACCAGCUGGAAGAUCAACUUGUUCAUGCAGUUCCGGGAUCACCAGGAGGAGGUGUUGAAGGGGGGAGACGUGGUGCGGCUGUUCCAUGCGGAGCAGGAGAAGUUCCUGACCUGUGACGAGUACAAGGGCAAGCUGCAGGUGUUCCUGAGGACCACGCUGCGCCAGUCUGCCACCUCGGCCACCAGCUCCAACGCGCUCUGGGAGGUGGAGGUGGUCCACCACGACCCCUGCCGAGGAGGAGCAGGUCACUGGAACGGUCUGUACCGCUUCAAGCACCUGGCCACGGGCAACUAUCUGGCUGCCGAGGAGAACCCCAGCUAUAAAGGUGACGCCUCGGACCCCAAAGCUGCAGGACAGGGGGCCCAGGGCCGUGCUGGCCGCAGGAACGCGGGUGAGAAGAUCAAGUAUCGUCUGGUGGCCGUGCCCCACGGCAACGACAUCGCCUCUCUGUUUGAGCUGGACCCCACCACGCUGCAGAAGACCGACUCCUUCGUGCCCCGGAACUCCUAUGUGCGGCUGCGCCACCUCUGUACCAACACGUGGAUCCAGAGUACCAACGCGCCUAUCGACGUGGAGGAGGAGCGGCCUAUCCGGCUCAUGCUGGGCACGUGCCCCACCAAGGAGGACAAGGAGGCCUUCGCCAUCGUGUCGGUGCCCGUGUCUGAGAUCCGUGACCUGGACUUCGCCAAUGAUGCCAGCUCCAUGCUGGCCAGCGCUGUGGAGAAGCUCAGCGAAGGCUUCAUCAGCCAGAAUGACCGCAGGUUUGUCAUCCAGCUGCUGGAGGACCUGGUGUUUUUUGUCAGCGAUGUUCCCAACAACGGGCAGAAUGUCCUGGACAUCGUGGUCACGAAACCCAACCGGGAGCGGCAGAAGCUGAUGCGGGAGCAGAACAUCCUUAAGCAGAUCUUCGGCAUCCUGAAGGCUCCGUUCCGUGACAAGGGGGGGGAAGGCCCGCUGGUGCGGCUGGAGGAGCUGUCCGACCAGAAGAACGCCCCCUACCAGUACAUGUUCCGCCUCUGCUACCGGGUGCUGCGGCACUCGCAGGAGGACUACCGCAAGAACCAGGAACACAUCGCCAAGCAGUUUGGAAUGAUGCAGUCACAGAUUGGCUAUGACAUCCUGGCCGAGGACACCAUCACUGCCCUGCUGCACAACAACCGGAAGCUGCUGGAGAAGCACAUCACCAAGACGGAGGUGGAGACCUUCGUCAGCCUCGUGCGCAAGAACAGAGAGCCCAGGUUCCUGGACUACCUCUCCGACCUGUGCGUGUCCAACCACAUCGCCAUCCCUGUCACCCAAGAGCUUAUUUGCAAGUGUGUGCUGGACCCCAAAAACAGCGACAUCCUUAUCCAGACUGAGCUGCGGCCCGUGAAGGAGAUGGCCCAGUCCCACGAGUACCUCACCAUCGAAUACUCGGAAGAGGAAGUGUGGCUGACGUGGACGGACAGGAACAACGAACACCAGGAGAAGAGUGUGAGGCAGCUGGCUCAGGAGGCGAGGGCAGGCAAUGCUCACGAUGAGAGCGUGCUCAGUUACUACAGGUACCAGCUGAAGCUGUUUGCCCGCAUGUGCCUGGACCGCCAGUACCUGGCCAUCCACGAGAUCUCCAAGCAGCUGGGCGUGGACCUGCUCUUCCUGUGCAUGGCGGAUGAGAUGCUGCCCUUUGACCUCCGGGCCUCCUUCUGCCACCUGAUGCUCCACGUGCAUGUGGACCGAGACCCCCAGGAGCUGGUGACGCCUGUCAAGUUCGCACGCCUCUGGACGGAGAUCCCCACGGCCAUCACCAUCAAGGACUACGAUUCCAAUCUCAACGCCUCCCGAGAUGACAAGAAAAACAAGUUUGCCAGCACCAUGGAGUUUGUGGAAGAUUACCUAAACAACGUGGUCAGCGAGGCUGUGCCCUUCGCCAACGAGGCGAAGAACAAGCUCACCUUUGAGGUGGUCAGCCUGGCCCACAACCUCAUCUACUUCGGCUUCUACAGCUUCAGCGAGCUGCUGCGGCUCACGCGCACGCUGCUGGGCAUCAUUGACUGUGUUCAGGCCCCGGCGGCCAUGCUGCAGGCCUAUGAGGAGCCUGGUGGCAAGAACGUGCGGAGGUCCAUCCAGGGCGUGGGGCACAUGAUGUCCACCAUGGUGCUGAGCCGCAAGCAGUCCGUCUUUGGUGCCUCCAGCCUGCCUGCCGGAGCGGGUGGCCCCGAACAGCUGGACAGAAGCAAAUUUGAGGAAAAUGAAGACGUUGUGGUGAUGGAAACCAAGCUGAAGAUCCUGGAAAUCCUGCAGUUCAUCCUCAACGUGCGCCUGGACUACCGCAUCUCGUACCUGCUGUCCGUGUUCAAGAAGGAGUUUGUGGAGGUGUUCCCCAUGCAGGACAGCAGCGCGGACGGCACGGCGCCCGCCUUCGAUUCCACCACUGCCAACAUGAACCUGGAUCGCAUCGGGGAGCAGGCGGAGGCCAUGUUUGGAGUGGGGAAGACCAGCAGCAUGCUGGAGGUGGAUGACGAGGGAGGCCGCGUGUUCCUGCGUGUCCUGCUGCACCUGACCAUGCAUGACUACGCGCCCCUGGUCUCCGGCGCCCUGCAGCUGCUCUUCAAGCAUUUCAGCCAGCGCCAGGAGGCCAUGCACACCUUCAAGCAGGUCCAGCUGCUCAUCUCGGCCCAGGAUGUGGAGAACUACAAGGUGAUCAAGUCGGAGCUGGACAGGCUGCGGACGAUGGUGGAGAAGUCAGAGCUGUGGGUGGACAAGAAGGGCAGCGUCAAGGGCGAGGAGGGGGAGGCAGGCGCCACCAAGGACAAGAAGGAGCGGCCCUCCGACGAGGAGGGCUUUCUCCAGCCACACGGGGAGAAGAGCAGCGAGAACUACCAGAUUGUCAAGGGCAUCCUGGAGAGGCUGAACAAGAUGUGCGGCGUUGGCGAGCAGAUGAGGAAGAAGCAGCAGAGGCUGCUGAAGAACAUGGAUGCCCACAAGGUCAUGCUGGACCUGCUGCAGAUUCCUUACGACAAGCUCCUGGAGGCGGAGACCAUGCAGCACAUUUUCCUCAACAACCACCAGCUGUGCUCCGAGAUCAGCGAGUCCGUGCUGCAGCACUUCGUGCACCUGCUGGCCACCCACGGGCGCCACGUGCAGUACCUGGACCUCCUGCACACCGUCAUCAAGGCUGAGGGCAAGUACGUGAAGAAGUGCCAGGACAUGAUCAUGACCGAGCUGACCAACGCAGGUGACGACGUGGUGGUGUUCUACAAUGACAAGGCCUCUCUGGCCCAUCUGCUGGACAUGAUGAAGGCGGCCCGGGACGGCGUGGAGGACCACAGCCCGCUCAUGUACCACAUCUCCCUGGUGGAGCUGCUGGCCGCCUGUGCAGAGGGCAAGAAUGUCUACACGGAGAUCAAGUGCACCUCGCUGCUGCCUCUAGAGGACGUGGUGUCUGUGGUGACGCAUGAGGACUGCAUCACGGAGGUGAAAAUGGCGUAUGUGAACUUUGUGAACCACUGCUAUGUGGACACGGAGGUGGAGAUGAAGGAGAUCUACACCAGCAACCACAUCUGGACGCUCUUCAAGAACUUCACCCUGGACAUGGCUCUGGUCUGCAACAAGCGGGAGAAGCGCCUGUCGGACCCCACGCUGGAGAAGUACGUGCUCACCGUGGUGCUGGACACCAUCAGCGCCUUCUUCAGCUCGCCCUUCUCGGAGAACAGCACGUCCUUGCAGACACACCAGACCAUCGUGGUCCAGCUGCUGCAGUCCACCACGCGGCUGCUCGAGUGUCCUUGGCUGCAGCAGCAGCACAAGGGCUCGGUGGAGGCCUGUGUGCGCACCCUGGCCAUGGUGGCCAAGAGCCGGGCCAUCCUGCUGCCCCUGGAUCUGGAUGCCCACAUGAGCGCUCUGCUCAGCAGCGGGGGCAGCUGCGCAGCCGCAGCCCAGCGCAGUGCUGCCAACUACAAGACGGCCACGAGGACCUUCCCCCGAGCCAUCCCCACUGCCAACCAGUGGGACUACAAGAACAUCAUUGAGAAGCUGCAGGACAUCAUCACGGCCCUAGAGGAGCGGCUGAAGCCUCUGGUACAGGCAGAGCUGUCAGUGCUCGUGGACAUGCUGCACUGGCCCGAGCUGCUCUUUCCGGAGGGCAGUGAGGCCUACCAGCGCUGCGAGAGUGGGGGCUUCCUGUCCAAGCUCAUCCGUCACACCAAGGGCCUCAUGGAGUCGGAGGAGAAGCUGUGCGUGAAGGUGCUGCGGACGCUGCAGCAGAUGCUGCUGAAGAAGAGCAAGUAUGGGGAGCGGGGCAACCAGCUGCGGAAGAUGCUGCUACAGAACUACCUCCAGAACAGGAAGUCCGGGCCUCGCGAGCUCCCCGACCCCACAGGCUCUGGUCUGGACCAGGACUGGUCAGCCAUUGCAGCCACCCAGUGCCGGCUGGACAAGGAGGGGGCCACCAAGUUGGUGUGUGAUCUUAUCACCAGCACCAAGAACGAGAAGAUCUUCCAGGAGAGCAUCGGCCUGGCCAUCCGCCUGCUGGACGGGGGCAACACUGAGAUCCAGAAGUCUUUCUACAACCUGAUGACGAGCGACAAGAAGUCGGAGCGCUUCUUCAGGGUGCUGCACGACCGCAUGAAGCGCGCCCAGCAGGAGACCAAGUCCACAGUGGCCGUCAACAUGAGCGACCUGGGAAGCCAGCCCCGCGAGGACCGAGAGCCCGCUGACCCUACCACCAAAGGCCGCGUGGCCUCCUUCUCCUUGCCCAGCUCCUCCCGCUAUUCCCUGGGCCUGGGGCUGCCCCGAGGCCAUGAGAUGGGUGAGCGUGCACAGAGCAGCGAGAUGGGCACCUCAGUGCUCAUCAUGAGGCCGAUCCUGCGCUUCCUGCAGCUGCUGUGUGAGAACCACAACCGAGACCUGCAGAACUUCCUGCGCUGUCAGAACAACAAGACCAACUACAACCUGGUGUGUGAGACGCUGCAGUUCCUGGACAUCAUGUGCGGCAGCACCACGGGCGGCCUGGGGCUGCUGGGGCUCUACAUCAAUGAGGACAACGUGGGGCUGGUCAUCCAGACCCUGGAGACGCUCACAGAGUACUGCCAGGGCCCGUGCCACGAGAACCAGACCUGCAUAGUGACUCAUGAGUCCAACGGCAUCGACAUCAUCACGGCGCUGAUUCUCAACGACAUCAGCCCGCUUUGCAAGUACCGCAUGGAUCUGGUGCUGCAGCUAAAGGACAAUGCCUCCAAGCUGCUCCUGGCUCUGAUGGAGAGUCGGCAUGAUAGUGAGAACGCAGAGCGCAUCCUCAUCAGCCUGCGGCCUCAGGAGCUGGUGGACGUGAUCAAGAAGGCCUAUCUGCAGGAGGAGGGGGAGAGCUCAGAGGUGAGCCCACGUGGGGUGGGCCACAACAUCUACAUCCUCGCGCUGCAGCUCUCCAGGCACAACAAACAGCUGCAGCAUCUGCUGAAGCCGGUGAAGCGCAUCCAGGAGGAGGAGGCCGAGGGCAUCUCGUCCAUGCUCAGCCUCAACAACAAGCAGCUGUCCCAGAUGCUCAAGUCCUCGCCACCCGCCCAGGAGGAGGAGGAGGACCCUCUGGCCUACUAUGAGAACCACACCUCGCAGAUUGAGAUCGUGCGGCAAGACCGAAGCAUGGAGCAGAUCGUGUUCCCCGUGCCUGCCAUCUGCCAGUUCCUCACGGAGGAGACCAAGCACCGGCUCUUCACCACCACAGAGCAGGACGAGCAGGGCAGCAAAGUCAGCGACUUCUUCCACCAGUCCUCCUUCCUGCACAACGAGAUGGAGUGGCAGCGCCGGCUCCGCAGCAUGCCACUCAUCUACUGGUUCUCCCGCCGCAUGACACUGUGGGGCAGCAUCUCCUUCAACCUGGCUGUGUUCAUCAACAUCAUCAUCGCCUUCUUCUACCCCUACGUGGAGGGCGCGUCCACAGGCGUGCUGGGCUCCCCACUCAUCUCGCUGCUCUUCUGGAUCCUCAUCUGCUUCUCCAUCGCGGCGCUGUUCACCAAGCGCUACAGCAUCCGUCCCCUCAUCGUGGCGCUCGUCCUUCGGUCCAUCUACUACCUGGGCAUUGGGCCCACCCUCAACAUCCUGGGUGCCCUCAAUCUGACCAACAAGAUCGUGUUUGUGGUGAGUUUCGUGGGCAACCGUGGGACCUUCAUCCGUGGCUAUAAGGCGAUGGUCAUGGACGUGGAGUUCCUGUACCACGUGGGCUACAUCCUGACGAGCGUCCUGGGCCUCUUCGCUCAUGAGCUCUUCUACAGCAUCCUGCUCUUUGACCUCAUCUACCGAGAGGAAACGCUGUUUAAUGUCAUCAAGAGUGUGACCCGCAAUGGCCGCUCCAUCCUGCUAACUGCCCUCCUGGCCCUUAUCCUUGUGUACCUCUUCUCCAUCGUGGGCUUCCUCUUCCUCAAGGAUGACUUCAUCCUGGAGGUGGACCGACUGCCCGGAAACCACUCCAGAGCCAGCACCCUCGGGGUGCCACACGGGGCUGCCACGUUUGUGGGCACAUGUAGUGGGGACAAGAUGGACUGUGUCUCCGAGGUCUCGGUGCCGGAGAUCCCAGAAGAGGACGAGGAGCCAGACAGCACAGAGCGGGCCUGUGACACUCUGCUUAUGUGCAUCGUCACCGUCAUGAACCACGGACUGCGGAAUGGUGGUGGCGUGGGCGACAUCCUCCGCAAGCCCUCCAAAGACGAGUCCCUCUUUCCCGCCCGGGUGGUGUACGACCUCUUGUUCUACUUCAUCGUCAUCAUCAUCGUACUCAACCUCAUCUUUGGGGUGAUCAUCGACACCUUUGCCGACCUGCGCAGUGAGAAGCAGAAGAAAGAGGAGAUCCUCAAGACCACGUGCUUCAUCUGCGGUCUGGAGAGGGACAAGUUUGACAACAAGACGGUGUCCUUUGAGGAGCACAUCAAGCUGGAACACAACAUGUGGAACUACCUGUACUUCAUAGUGCUGGUCCGCGUCAAGAACAAGACGGACUACACGGGCCCCGAGAGCUACGUGGCUCAGAUGAUCAAGAACAAGAACCUGGACUGGUUUCCCCGGAUGCGCGCCAUGUCGCUGGUGAGCAGCGAGGGGGAGGGGGAGCAGAACGAGAUCCGCAUCCUGCAGGAGAAGCUGGGCUCCACCAUGAAGCUGGUGUCACACCUCACCGCCCAGCUCAACGAGCUCAAGGAGCAGAUGACAGAGCAGCGGAAACGGAGGCAACGUCUGGGCUUUGUGGAUGUGCAGAACUGCAUGAGCCGCUGACAGGAGCCACUGAAGCCCUCACAGGAGAUCCGCUGCGAACAGCACUGCUCUUCAGGUCAGGGGCUCUGCAGCUCUGGAAGCUAGCUGCCCACCCCGCCGCCACCUCUGCUGGCAGGCCCCUGCCCAAGCCAGGCUCUGCCCAGCAGGAUGCCUCAGAGCAGUCCUGCCGAGUACCCUUGAAGGGACUCAGUUUACCUUAGUGCCUUAGAGGAUGCUAGGUCCUCCAGAGUGCUGUCCCUCGGAGCAGCAACUGACCCUCCUCACGCGUGGCUGCGAGCGGGCUGCCUCUCCUCUCCAAGCACUACACUGUGGCUGUCCCCAGCCAGCCUGCCUGCCUGCCCUCCUGCCUGCCCUCCUGCCUCAGGAAGGUGGUAGCCUGCUGUCAUUAGCUACUUAGGGCUUUGAUACUUAACUUAUUCCCAGGGGCCACCCCACCCUGCUGUGCCCGCACAGCUCCCAGUGCCUGUGCUUGCUGGGGACACUGUGCUGUCCCAGGAGCCUGAAGACGCAGGUGGACUGCUUUGCACCUAGGACUCACAUCUUCCCCAGCUUUGUAGGCAAGAGACAAAGACUGAAGGUGUGAAAGUGGCGUCUGAUUGCUUGCCUCUUGUUGGGGUCAUGUUUUAUAAGUCCUGUGUCCGGGGAACUAAUGUUAACUGCCUUAAAUAAAUAGAAUCCAAGCCCA